AUGCCAACCGUGAUAUUAAUGGAUGUGUCUCUGUCUAUGACACGGCCGGUGUCACUGGAUGGAAGUGAGGAGUUUCAGAGGAAGAAUUUGGCUGUUCAUGGACUCAAUAUGUUGUUUGAGCACAUGGCGUCAAACUACCGCUUAGAGUUCACAGCAUUGAUGGCAUUUUCUUCUCUUUGGGAGCUCUUGGUGCCUUUCACCAGAGAUUAUAAUGCUUUGCAGGAAGCUCUGAGUAACCUGGAAGACUAUGAUAAGACUUGUAUUGAGUCAGCUCUUCAUGGAGUAAGCAACGUAGUGCAGCAGGAAUGGGGCAGUUCUUGUCCCUGCCAGGUGGUGCUGGUCACUGAUGGGUCUCUUGGCAUUGGAAAAGGUUCUCUGCGGCAUGCCCUCCAGACGCUAAAGCACCGUGGAGAAGACAAGAAGUUUCCCCUCCCCUUUCCUUUCCCGACUAAACUGUACAUCACAUGUGUCGCCAGUGCAGAAGAGUUACAGAUGACAGAUGCUAUGGAGAAUUUAAAGGAACUGCUUCGUCUCAGCGGUGGGGAUGGACAAAUCUUCACAAUGGAAGGACCACUUUGCCUGAAGAGCGUACAAGCCAUGUUUGGGAGGCUGAUUGACCAGGCGUACUCUCCCUUCCAUGCUACCCUGCACUGUGGAAACUUGUCAGCUGAUGUUCAGGUCUUUCCUCGUCCUGAGCCCAUAGUGAUGGAUGAAGAGGUUGAGCCCAUCCCCCGGACUGUCAACACAGAUUUGGAAAUUGUGGGCUUCAUAGAAAUUGCUGACAUUUCCAGUCCACCUGUCAUAUCAAGACACCUGGUACUGCCUAUUGCUGUCAACAAAGAGGUGGAUGAAGUUGGUACAGGAGCCACAGAGGAGCUUGAGGAGGAAGUCUCUUCCAGUCAAAUGGCAGGCAAAAGUCCAAAUUUUUGUGUCCUCCUACAUGGUAGUCUAAAAGUAGAGGGCAUGGUGGCACUUGUGCAACUCGGACCAUGUUGGUAUGGCAUGCUGUACUCUCAAGCAGACAGCAAAAAGAAGUCAAAUUUGAUGAUGUCGGUGUUUGAGCCUGGUCCAGAGCCACUGCCUUGGUUAGGCAAGAUCUCACAUUUAGGACCAAUCUCUGAGGCUGCUGAAAAUCCCUAUGGAGAAGAUGACAGCAAAAGUCCGUUCCCAGUGCAGCCACAGGGCAAGAGGAGCUAUGCCCAGAAUGUGACUGUGUGGAUUAAGGCCAGUGGAUUACAGACUGAUGUGCAGAAGAUCCUGAGGAAUGCAAGGAAAUUACCAGAUAAGACUCAAACCUUCUAUAAAGAGCUGAACCGUCUGCGGAAAGCGGCAUUGGCAUUUGGUUUCUGGGAACUCCUAAAGGGCGUGGCUGAUCUGCUGGAGAGAGAGUGUACCAUGCUGCCAGACACUGCCCAUCCUGACGCAGCAUUCCAGCUCUCCCAUGCUGCUCGGCAACUAAAACUGGCUAGCACGGGAGACUCCCAGUAUGCUGCAUUCGAUCACAAUAUUGUUCCCAUGCACACAGACUUCUCAAGCUAAGCCAAGCUCAGUUAAUUUAUAAUACGCUUCAAUGGAAACAACCAGGCUGCUCCAAGAACUGCUGAAUGUUCAUGAUCCUCAAAACUGCAACGAAAUGUAGAUAGUCAGAUGGUCAUUAAAUAUUUGUACAUUU